GCCAGAGAUAGAAGGUAAUAAUUAUUAAAAAAUGCCAAGGAAGAUUACAGCUACACCUAGGGCUAAUACGAAUCUCUCCCUGUUAUCGGGAAAGAGCUCGGUUAUGUCAGGAGUCGUCAAGGAAAUGUACCCAGAAGCUACCAUUUGUUCUUAUUCAAUCAGACCAAAUGCUUUCCCAUAUGUUCAACUUGAGGCUAGACCUAAGGAGACAUACUCAGGCGGGGACACAUACGAAGGCUGAGUUAAUAAAAAGACUGGGCUGAAGCAUGGCCACGGAACAUAUGAGUGGCUUAGUCAUGAUGGGAAAGGAGCUAGAUAUGUUGGAGACUGGGUUAAUGAUAAUAUGGAAGGUUAUGGAAUUUAUUACUAUGACAAUGGUGAUAAGUAUGAAGGUGAAUGGAUGAAAGACAAUAAGCAUGGGCUUGGAGUAUUCACCUGGGCUAAUGGAGAUAUCUACAAAGGAGAAUACAAAGUUGGCAACAGGAGUGGAAAAGGAAAGUUAUCUUGGAAUAACGGCAACAGUUAUGAAGGAUACUUUUACAAUGACAAAAGGCAUGGAAGAGGUACAUUUUAUUGGGCUAAUGGAGACAAAUUUGAAGGUAUUUGGCAAGAUGAUCAAAAGCACGGAGAAGGCAUGUAUACAUGGAGCAAUGGAAAGAAGGAGAAGCAAACUUGGAAGUAUGGAAAGGAAGUCUAAAGUUCUAAACUUUCUGAAAUGUUGUG